CACGUUUAAAAACCUUUCAAACUAUGUGUUACAAAAGUGAUCGUACUCCAAGCGCACGCGCAGUUUACGCUAAAUCUUUGUACGAAGAUUACCAAAAAUUAACUACAAGUUUAGUAAACCAUAAAGCUAAUAAAUAAAUAGUUUGAGCAGUAACGUUAACUAAUAAACUUUUAAAUACUAAAACCUGUAGAAGCUGUAAACUUAGCAAUAGUUUGAACUUACUAAAACUUGGAAGUUCUAAGUUAAGCGAUGGUGACGAAGUUAUUCCUAGUUAUGGUGGUAUGUUGGGUGGUGGAUGGGUUCCCCGAUGGUGCGCCAGUGGACGCUUGUGUCAAAGAUCGCGCCAACCAACCCAACCAUGGUCAGCACCGAACGCAGCCGCUGUCAAAUCUGCCGUAUAGGAUCCUCGCCUCGUCUUCGAGUUAUGGACCUAAUUCUAGGAUCACAGUGACGAUCGAAGGUGCGGAACCAUUCAAAGGGUUCUUCGUCCAAGCGCGCUCGGUCGAGAACAACGAGUGGUUGGGCUCGUGGGAAGAGACGCCGAACACGAGUCCACUGCCGGAGUGUGCGGCGAUUACUCACGCUGACCCCAAGGACAAGGUCAGGGCCAUCCUUUCGUGGAAGGCUCCGCGUAACUCACACGGACGAGUGUACUUUACCGGCACAGUAUUGAAGAACUACGGCACGUUCUGGUCAAAUCUCAUCGCCGAGGCGCCGCAGGACCCCACCGCUCUACAAGUUCUUUUUUAAUGUUUGUACUAUAAGUUCAGCGCCGGCCCGAAGUAAAUUUUGAAAUGGAGCGAGAUGCAAUUAAGGCGCCUCUCCUGAUUGCUCCUAAUAAUAUGCAAAUACCUAUAACAAAUUAUGAGCGUAAAGUAAGAAUGGAACGCAAAGAUCUCGACCAUACUCUGGGGUGACCAAUUGAAAAUCAGGCGCAGUACCGUAUAAGGUUGACUAGGAUUAUCAUUUAGGUGCUCUCUAGGAUUUGGCACCUGGAGCGACUGCUCCGUUCGCCGUAUGGACGGGCCGGCCCUGUAUAAGUUAUUGUGUUACCUUAAUAAAUAAUAUAAAUAAACAAUUAAUUUUAACUA